UCAUCUAUCUUUUUUUGUAUUGUCGUAUUAUAUGUUAAAUUAUGGUACAAAAAUUCAAGGAAGUUCUUAGUUUUACUUUAGUUAUUUUCGCUUUGUUUUACAUAAAGACUACAGAAACAAACCUAGAAAUAUGUAAACCAUAUUCUUCUCAAACAUUUCAAAAGUGGUUUAUAUGGGGUCAGUUAUACUCUUAUUGUAUGCAUUUAAAGGUUGAAAAUGGUCAACAGCCAAGUUCAUUAUUAGUUGAUGAAAAUUGUUAUAAUGUAUCUUGUAAAGAGUGUAUGACCGUGUGCAACCUUCCACUCCCUUAUAAUCUGACAAAUUGCCUUUUAAAUUGUACAACAACAUCUUGCAAAUUUGGAUGUCUGUUCUACAGUAAUAUUACAGAAAAUACUAAAGAAAAUUUUAAAAUUAAUGAACAAAACAGUCCUUAUAUCAAUUCAACAUUUCAAGUAACUCCAAUUGAAAAUAAUGAGCUGAAUAUUACUUUUGCGUGGCCAACUAUUUUGUCAAUUAAUUCCUCGAUUCAAAGUGUAUAUUUGGUUACUAUUACCGUAGCAACAACAAGCUUUUCUAACACAGGCGUAAUAGGUUUAAUAAGUGAAAACACAUUUAAUGUAAAUGAGCAACUUGUUUGUAAUAAUUUGGGUUCCUACAUAUCUGCUUAUGAUAUUGAAAUCAUGUUUCAACUGAAUAUCUAUCCUAUUAACUAUAAUGGGUACAACAAAUCAACUGUGAUAUCUUCAAACUUAACAACAUUUACAAACAUUGGUAUUACAAACCUUUCAGUUAGUGGUCCUAAUUAUACCCUUAAUGGUAAUUCUAUAAGAUUAUUGUGGAAUGCUCAAUGGACUUAUCCGAAAAAUUUGGAAACAACUUGCAAACAAGUUGAGGUUAGCCGAUCAUUUCAACCAUUGAGUUUAAAGCUUCUCAACCUGUUGGGUGAUAAUGAAAAUGAGCCUAAAGUUGUUGAUUUAAAAAUUAUGAACCAAAUCAUCAGUUUCCCAAACACACAAGAUGAUUCACUGUCUAAUUGUAAUCUUUUUGUUACAGUAAAACCAAGGAUUGGUCAAUGUAGUGUUGGUACUGCUACUAUAAUACCAGUUGUAUAUCAAGGUUGUCAAUAUGUUUCAAGUUAUGAUCCAAAUUAUUGCGUUAUAAGCAACACUCCAAAACCCACUAUUCCACCAAUAACCAAGAAUUUUACGAUUAGUGAUCUAUUCUAUGUCAAGAUGUUUGAUAGUAAUUCUAGCCUCCAAUUUUACAACAUUACAGUUCUAUGGAUCAAACCUUUAUUUGCAGUUCCAAUAACACAGUAUAAAAUUGCGUAUGGUCAACUCUCAAGUACAUUGUUUCCUUUUAAAAAUUAUACAGAAAAAACAAUUGCCUCUGAUGCAUUAUCCUACAAGAUCACUAUGGUAACUCCAGGAAUAUUGCUUGGUGUUUAUCUUUAUGCAUUUACUGGAACUGCAAUAGAUGCUUAUCGGCCAUUAAAUGUCCCUGAUUAUAUAAUAAUACAAGUUCCACUUGCUCCAACACAAUCCUCUAAAAGUACUGGAACUAUUUCACUUCCUUUACCAGCUUCAGGAAAUAAAAACACAUCUACAAUCAUUGCUGCCAUCUUAGUUCCUAUACUUGUUAUUUUUAUUAUUCUUGUUACUGUUGUUGUUGCGAUGAAAAUUCGUAGGAAAAAAAUAAAAUCUCGACCAUCAGUCUGGAACCAAGAUCUUUGCACAAUGGAAGACUACAUGGGUAUUGAUUUUCAAGCAGAUGAAUGGGAGAUAUUUCCUAAUAGCAUUGUUUUAGAUAAGAAAAUUGGUGAAGGUGCGUUUGGAACUGUGUAUAUUGCAAAACUCAACGGUGAUAUUUUUGCUAAGACAAAAUAUGCAAGUCAACAAUCUAAAUCUGCUUUUCAUGAUAGUAAUGUAGAUACUAAUGUAGCAGUAAAACUUUUGAAAGAUGGUGCCAGUCAUUCUGAAUAUUCUGAUUUUAGAGAAGAAAUAGAUCUUAUGAAAGGAAUUGGGUAUCAUAAAAAUAUUGUUAAUAUGAUAGGUUGUUCAACAAUUAAAAAGCCCUUAUGUUUAAUUGUUGAGUAUAUGGAAAACGGAGAUUUGUUGCAGUUCUUGAGAAACAGACGCACUAAGCUUUGUUCUUCAAAGAUUGAUGGAGAACCAGCUUUAAGCUUUAUGUACACACCAGGCUAUCAACAAUCUCUUGAGACAACAACUUCAGAGAGUUUCACAGGAUUGAUGCCUAAUAAUGUACCACUAGAUGAAGAAGUAAUAACACCUGAGGAUUUACUUAGUUUUGCAUGGCAAGUGGCAUCUGGAAUGGAAUAUCUUUCUUGUAUUAAAUUGGUACAUCGAGAUCUAGCUGCAAGAAAUAUCUUAGUUGGUGCUGAAAAAAAUGUGAAAAUAUCUGACUUUGGUCUUACACGAAAAGUCAAUGAUGAAUUAAAUUAUAUGAGCACAAAGAAUCGUCGUUUACCGGUCAAGUGGAUGUCAGUUGAAGCCAUAUUCGAUCAAAUGUUCACGUCAUUCAGCGAUGUAUGGGCGUAUGGCAUUGUAUUAUUUGAAAUUGUUACGUUAGGAGGAACGCCUUAUCCGACUAUAAGUAAUCGUGAACUUCUUAAUCUUUUGAAGUCUGGUUAUAGAAUGGACCGACCAGAAAAUUGUUCGGAACCCAUGUACGAUAUCAUGUUACACUGCUGGAAUGAAGAUCCAUUACAGAGACCUACCUUUACUGAGUUGCGUGAACACCUUGAGGGAAUAAUGUCCAAAGGCGAUCAUUAUUUUAGCUUCGAUAUUGACGAAGAAAAUACUUACUACAACGCAGCCUCUUUUAAUAGCUUACCGCCAGAAUCUAAUGAUGACGUACUGGAAGAAGAGAUAUUUCGAAAGCCCGUGCAAGUAAAAUCAAUUGACGAAUUUUCAAAUGUGAACGAAAGAUACACGUUUUCUGAAGCUUUAAAAUCUUAAACUGAACUUCGCGGUUUUCAAAGUCCAAAGCCUUGAAUGCAAAUUAGACACCGCCAUGUCUACUUUGCAUUUAAUUCUGUAAUAAAAACAAGUGUAGUAAUAGUGCGAAAUAAAUUAAAACAUUUUAAA